AUGGAUCUGGAGAUGACGUGUGGAUAUCCAGUUCAUGUAAUGACGUGUUCGAUGUCUCUUGGGCCCUGCACAAGAAUGCUGGCAGAUCUGAAGAGAAUCCGUGAUCUGGACGCUGCAACUACUGCCAAGCAUGUGCGGGGACCUAAACGUGUGUUUGGAGGUGACCCUGAUGGCUUUAGCAGCAGGCCGCGGGCUUGCGGAGGUGGAGGAGAAGACUUGUGCUGCUCUGGGACUCUCUGCGGAAACAUUCCUGAGCUGAUUCCCAGCCAGGAAUUCCAGUUAUCCCUCGCCUCAAUGAGAUGGACCGUCCUUGAGCCGAGCACGUGCGGAAGUGCAUUAGAGCGUGUUUGUGUCUGCCGCACAUUUCCCUCAGGCGUGCUGGCGUAUCAAAGGAAGCGAUCUCGUUACCAGUUACGCACUGAGCAGGGAGUUGUUUCCUCCAGUGAUGACCGUGUGGAGUCACGGUCGCAGGACAAGGGCAUGGAUACCCCCGCUUCAUAUCAAACCAACACAAUCUGCAUCCACAUGCGUCCAGUGGUUUUAUCAAAAGCCAGGACUGCCAUCUCUAGAGGUGCUGCCCCAUUACCUGAGGGUAUCUGUGAGCUUUCCGGACAGACGAUUAGUGGCAUUAGUCUUGUGGCACGGCGGAUCUCACACAGGCUCAGGGAUAUCAGAUCUCAUGGUUUUGAUCAGAGCUUCUGCGGCGUCUCCGAGCUCUGGCUGAACACGCAGAAACAGAAAGUAAACUUGAAGAAACUCAUAAGCAGCACAAAAAGGGAAAAAGUAGAAGGUGGGCAGAGUGAGUUAAAAGAGCUGCCUUCUGGCAGUAAACUAGAUGUGGAAGGCAGUGAGAGUCCAGAGGACGAAUCUGAAGAAGGUGAAGAUGAUGAAGGUGAGGAUGAUGAUGAUAGUGAAGAAGAAGAAGAAGAGGAGGAGGAGGAGGGAGAAGAAGAUGAGGAUGAUGAUGAUGAUGACAUUGAUGAAAAUGAAGAUGACGAAGAAGGAGAUGAACAUGAAGAAACUGCUGUGGCUUCUGAGACAACAGGCCUUUCUGGGUUGCCCAAAAUCGUGGCUCUUUGUACAACAGAACAAUCAGAAAUGGCUAAUAAAAACGCCAACCAACCUGGGCAGGACAUGAUGGAGGAUAGUGUCUCAGAAGACAGUCCUCUGAAGGUCAGGACAGAUCAAGAACAAGAGGCUUCAGAGAAAAUGGAAACGAAAGAAACAAUUCCUGAAAAGAUGGUUUUUGGAGGUCCACUUCCAGGGAUUCUCGAUUUAGAGGAUGGCUGUCUUGUGUCAGCUGUCAGAGUCGAGGCGAGAUUCUCUGAUGAGGAGGACAGCGAAGAGGCCGAUGACAGUCCAGCUCCUUCAGCAGAAUGUGAAGCUUCUUUACCAAGUGUGGACAGAACAUCAAACAGAAAUCCAGUUGAGAGCAAGAAUGAAAACCAAAGUGAUGAUGAAGAUGAGGAGCUGUUGAAAACUGAGAAGAACGUCUUAGAAGUGGAGACCUCUCAAGGGAGAGCUACUGAAUGUGAUCCACAACUUCAAGUUGAAACUGAUGAUGUUCCUCUAAAACAAAAUGAAGGAAUAACUGAUCUUGGCACCAGCAGUCUGUAUGUUCCUUCAGCAUCACCUAAGCCAAAGGCUAUAACUACUGCAGAUGAUGAUGAGGAUGAUUGGGAUGAUGUUGAGGAGGAAGAAGAAGUGCAAACAAAGAAGCCACUAAAUCUAUUUCUAACAUUGCUGGGACAGAAGGAACCAGAGAGCCCUGAGGUAUCUUUGGAUCAUACAAAAGACAAAAUUGAUGGGACCCCAAAAAGAUAUAAGGAGUAA